CUUGAACCGGAAAUUAGAUUAGAUAAACCUUGGGAGUCGUAUCCGUUGCCGAGAAGACAAUCUCUCUCUUUCUCCGCCAUGGAUACGGAGGUGGAGGUCCGAGCGGUCGCCGGAAUUGGCGACUGUUUUGUCUCUCUCCCUCGUCAUCUUCUCCACGUGCUUCAGUCCACAAGCUCCUCUCUUCUUCCUCCUCUGCUUCCGCUCGAGCUCCGCUCCGGCGAUCGCCGUUGGUCUGUCGCUUGGUCCGGCUCCACUUCCUCCUCUCCAGCCAUCGAGGUAUCGAGGGAGUUUGCGGAAAGCAUUUCGUUGCCGAAUGGUACGGUUGUCCGAGUUCGAGUUCUUGGUAAUGUGCCAAAGGCUACUUUAGUUACAGUAGAGCCAGAGACAGAAGAUGAUUGGGAAGUUCUUGAGCUUAAUGCUGAACUUGCUGAAGCAGCUUUACUAAGGCAGGUGAGGAUCUUACAUGAGGCCAUGAAAUUCCCAUUGUGGUUACAUGACCGCACUGUCAUUAAGUUUGCUGUGGUUUCAACCUUUCCACCAAAAGGGGUGGUACAACUUGUUCCAGGAACUGAAGUCGCGGUGGCUCCAAAGAUGCGCAAGAGAAAUCUAAAUUCACAUGAUGUUUCUAAUAUGGCUUCCUUGGAGAAAGAAAGUAUUCAUGUGAAAGCUUUGUUACGUGUGCAAGAUUCUGAUAGAUCAGUCUUCCAUAAAACUGACGUCAAAGGGGUUGAGCUAAGGGUAGUGCUCACUUCCAUUGCUUAUAUUCAUCCAGAAACGGCCAAAAAGUACUAUUUAGAGCCACUUCAAUUGGUGUCCAUUUUGCCUAGAUUACCUCUGAGAAAUAGUGUGAAGAAGGAUGAAGCCUUCAAAAUGAAAAGUGAUGAAUCUCCAAAGGUGGUUGACAAUGACCCUCUGAGGGGAAAGAAAGAACCUCGUCAAGUGAUUGUCCGACUUAUCUUUUCAGAUUUAGCAGCCAAAGGACACCUGAUGAUGGCUGAGUCACUUCGUCUCUAUCUAAGAGCAAGCUUGCACUCAUGGGUAUAUGUGAGGGGGUGCAAUGUGAAGGUGAAUAAAGAAAUCCCUGGUCUUUCCCUUUUUCCUUGUAUCUUUAAGAUGUCUGAGAAAGAUAAGCAAGAGCGGGUCGAGAUUCUCUCAGUUCUUUCUAGAAAGGUUGGAAAUUUCUCUUCUCUCAGAUACUCAGCUCGCUGCUGAUCUGGCUUAAGCACAUAUACAGAUGUUGUGGACUGGUCCGUGCAUGAUGAGUUUAUCAUGUCUCUUUCAUCAGAGGAUUCUCAUAAAGAGGAACAAGGGACUGUUUACCGUCCUGAGAAUAAUAAAGGAUUGAAAGGCCUUCUCCGCCUGUGGUCAUUGGCACAGAUUAAUGCUUUUAAGUCAGUCACUGGAGCUGAUGUUCCUGCUUUAAUCCUGGGAAGUGAAACACUACUUCAUUUUGAAGUGAAUGGACUAAAAUCUUAUGAUCGCAGAGGCGGGCAAGCACCUCGUAACGAUCAUUUGGAAAAUGGAAACAGGGAUAAAAACCAUCCUGUAGAAAUUUUAUACAUAAUGAGAAUCUCUGACGAGUCUUUGCUUGGGGAUAAAUCCUUUGCAUACAAGGUUACCAUGGAUAAAAUAGAUGAGAGCAACAAUGUGAUGCAUAUUGAUUCAAUGGUUGAAAAGAUGAAUGUUGGUGACCCUAUAUCUUUCACUUCUGGCAAAGAAAGACGCUCCAACAAAGCUGUUUCUCCCGAUAUAUCCUCCUUGUCCUGGAUGGGCACUAUUGUUUCAGAUGUUAUUAAGAGGAUGAUUGUGUUGUUGUCUCCUGCUGCUGGAAUGUGGUUUAGUGAGUACAAUAUGCCUUCACCUGGACAUAUUCUCAUACACGGGCCUUCAGGGUCUGGGAAAACAAUAUUAUCUAGAGCUGUUGCAAAGUACUUUGAAGAACAAAAAGACGUCUUGGCACAUGUGAUUUUUGUAUCUUGCUCUGCACUUGCCUUGGAGAAGGUCCAAAAUAUUCAUCAAGUACUUUCUGGUGUAAUUUCCGAGGGAUUGGAAAAUGCACCCUCCAUCAUCAUUUUGGAUGAUCUUAGCAGCAUCAUCUCGACUUCUUCAGAUAUGGAAGGAGCCCAAGUUUCAGCAGCAAUGACUAUGCUAACAAAAUUCCUGACUGAUGUGAUAGAUGAUUAUGGGGAAUACAGGAAAAGCUCUUGUGGAAUAGGUCCACUUGCCUUUGUUGCUUCUGUACAGUCUCUAGAUAACAUACCACAAACACUGAGCUCAUCAGGAAGAUUUGAUUUUCAUGUUCAACUGGCUGCUCCUGCUACCUCGGAACGGGGGGCCAUACUGAAGCAUGAGUUACAGAAACGCUCUAUACACUGUUCAGAAGAUACAUUACUGGAAGUAGCUGGAAAGUGCGAAGGAUAUGAUGCAUAUGACCUGGAAAUAUUGGUCGAUAGAGCUGUUCACUCUGCCAUAGGGCGGCAUCUGUCUUCUGAAUCGGAGAUACCCGAACAUAUUUUGGUCAGAGAAGACUUUACUCGAGCUAUGCAUGAAUUUGUUCCUGUUGCCAUGCGGGACAUCACAAAAUCUGCUUCGGAGGGUGGACGCUCUGGGUGGGAGGAUGUUGGUGGAGUGACUGAUAUUAAAAGUUCCAUUAAAGAGAUGAUUGAAUUGCCAUCAAGAUUUCCAAAUAUCUUUGCAAAAGCUCCACUGAGGUUGAGAUCAAAUGUUCUCUUAUAUGGCCCACCUGGUUGUGGGAAGACCCACAUAGUCGGUGCAGCUGCUGCAGCUUGUUCUCUUCGUUUUAUAUCUGUGAAGGGGCCUGAACUCUUGAACAAAUAUAUCGGUGCUUCUGAGCAAGCUGUUCGCGAUAUAUUUUCAAAAGCAGGAGCUGCAGCACCAUGCCUGCUCUUCUUUGAUGAAUUUGAUUCGAUUGCUCCAAAGAGAGGACAUGACAACACGGGAGUAACUGAUCGAGUUGUUAAUCAAUUUCUGACAGAACUGGAUGGAGUUGAAGUUCUAACUGGUGUCUUUGUAUUUGCUGCAACAAGUAGACCAGAUCUACUUGAUCCUGCGCUUCUAAGACCGGGCAGGCUUGAUCGUCUUCUUUUCUGUGAUUUUCCAUCUCAACAAGAGCGGGUCGAGAUUCUCUCAGUUCUUUCUAGAAAGCUCCCAAUGGCUGGUGACAUCGACCUGGAUGCUAUAGCACAAAUGACAGAAGGAUUUAGUGGAGCUGACCUCCAAGCUCUUCUCUCAGAUACUCAGCUCGCUGCUGUUCACGAAUUUCUAAACAAAGAAGACAACCCUGAGCUAGGGAGCAUGCCAAUGAUAACUGACACUCUUCUGAGGUCUGUGGCAUCAAAGGCAAAGCCAUCGGUUUCAGAGACCGAGAAGCAAAGGCUGUAUGCUAUAUAUAGCGAGUUUCUGGAUUCAAAAAGAUCGGUUUCUGCACAGUCAAGAGAUGCAAAGGGCAAAAGAGCAACUUUAGCAUAACAAUAAGGUAAAUUUAUAGUCAAGUUCAUCCGCAUAGUACAGUGAUCGCCUGGAUACAGACGUUCAGCAAAAGCUUGAUCAUAGCUACACAUGGAAGAAGCGUAAAACCAAAUCAAGAUGGGUCCUUUUUCGUUCUUGUGGUCAUCUGAAGCACCGCUUGUUUCUAGUCUUGGUUGAUAAUGGCGAUGAAUGGCAUCCGAGAUGUUGUAUAUGUUGUGCCACUACAGCUAGUGAGGAUAAAAGGGCAAUAAUACAGUUUUGCAUACAUAGGUGGGAACAAAAUGAGUAGAAGGUCACAGAACCUAUCUCAGUGAUCCAAUUUUCGACUGUUUUGGCUGCCCAUUAUUCCAUCAUACAGUUUCAGAAUCUCUGUUAUAGUUAUCAACGAUAACGCGUGGCAUUAAUCCAUUAUUAGCGAUUGUAAUC